AUGGCCACCUCCACCAUGUCUGUCUGCUCUGGGCCCUGCACUGAGUCCUCCUGGCAGAUAGAGGACUGCCCAGAGAGCUGCUGUGAGCCUACCUGCUGUGCCCCCAGCUGCUGCCAGCCCAGCUGCUGCCAGCCCAGCUGCUGCCAGCCCAGCUGUUGUGUCCCCAGCUGCUGCCAGCCCAGCUGCUGUGCCCCAGCUUCCUGCCUGACCCUCAUCUGCACCCCAGUGAGCUGUGUGUCCAGUUCCUGCUGCCAAUCUGCCUGCAACAGCUGCUGCACACCCUCAUGCUGCCAGCAGUCUAGCUGCCAGCCAGCUUGCUGCACCUGCUCCCCCUGCCAACAGUCCUGCUGUGUGCCUGUCUGCUGCAAGCCUGUGUGCUGCAAGCCUGUCUGCUGCACACCCAUCUGCUCUGGAUCCUCCUCAUGCUGCCAGCAGUCUAGCUGCCAGCCCUCCUCUUGUUGCACCUGCUCCCCCUGUCAGCCAUCCUGCUGCAAGCCUGUCUGCUGCAAGCCUGUCUGCUGCAAGCCUGUCUGCUGCACACCCAUCUGCUCUGGAUCUUCCUCAUGCUGCCAGCAGUCUAGCUGCCAGCCCUCCUGCUGUCAAUCCUCCUGCUGUGUGCCUGUCUGCUGCAAGCCUGUCUGCUGCAAGCCUGUCUGCUGCAAGCCUGUCUGCUGCAAGCCUGUCUGCUGCAAGCCCUGCUCCAGUGUGUCCCUGCUCUGCCGCCCUGUGUGCAGACCUGCCUGCUGUGUGCCCACCUCCUCCUGCUGUGCCUCCUCCUGCCAGCCCAGCUGCUGCAAGCCCUGCUCCAGUGUGUCCCUGCUCUGCAGCCCUGCCUGCUCCCGCCAGGCCUGCUGUGGCCUCUCCUCGGGCCAGAAGUCCAGCUGCUGA